UGAAAGUUAAAAGCUUUUAUUUGAGUUUUAUUUGAAAAUCUUUGUCAAGAAGUCAGAUGUGGGGCUGUCUGUCACAAUGUUAGUCUGAAUAUAACAUGUCAGCUACUAUCAGGGUUAUCUCUCGAACCCUGGAUACUCUUCAUAAUUUAUCUGCUUAAUUAUUCUGUCUCAUCAGUUCAGAGCAAGUCCGUUUUUACUGCCCUAUGGUCUCAAAUACUCAUUUUUAUCCCUCUCACGCACUAAAUAAAAAGUUAAAUAAAUAUGAAAAUCCUCACUUUUGGAACUUUGACUUUCUUCUGACAGUAAAUAAAUUUUACUUGAUUAAAAAGGAUAAUUCAGGUUCAAAGGGCAGAGAUGAGCAUUAUUGAGUUUGAAACUAAUUUGGUCAAAAAAAAAAAGUCUUAGUAAAAAUAAAUAAUAAUAAUAACUUUAUUUUUGUAGCGCUUUUAAAACAGAUGUUUACAAAGUGCUUUGACAUAUAGUCAUAGGGCACAUGGAAAAAGACGGAUAAAAACAAAAGCUCAGCUAAAACAGAAUUGAAGACCAUUUUCAUAAAUCAUAAGGAACUCAAACAAUACAAGAACCAUGUAACAUAAAAUGAGACCAUGAGGACCAAAAUAUAAACAAAGUAAUUAGAAAAAGAAAAUGCAAUUAAAAGGGGGGGUCGAAAGCCAACAACAGGAUAGUAAAAAUAAACGUUUUUUUCAGACUAAAUGCCAUUGUAAGCUCUCAGAUGAAUGACUAACCCUGUGAUAGAGGUUGAAUAAAUAAAUCUACAAGAAUAAAGAAGAUACAUUCAACACAACACCACAGGCUUUUGUCUGAUGUGAGAUAUAUAGUGUAUCCGGAGUAAAAAGUGCAACUAUUGCUAUUAUUGUUAUUUUAACCUGCUGUAAACCACCUUCUAAUGGAUUUUGACUUUAUUUAUUUGUCUGAAAUAACCUGUAACGAGAGUUUUACUUUGAUAUGGGUUCCACCUUCAUUUAUGACUCAUAAAGUUAGAUUACGGUUGUAAUUACUAUUCUACCUGUACCAGGAAAUACUUCACACACACACACACACACACACAUUUUUUCCCUCCUCUUUUAUCGGCGUGGGGGCCGAGCGAUCAGCAGGGGCUCAAACCACUGAACUUCCUUCCUCUCCUUGUCCGACAGUAGGAAAAAAAAAGUUGGUAGCUUUAAUAAAUGGAGACCGAGCUGAGCUUUCAGAGGCUCAAUCCGCUUCAGAUCGUCACACAAAGGGAUUCACACAGCUGUUUCUACUUUAUUUAACAUCCACAUCCAGCUUCGUCAUGGUUCCCACGGUACACGCACUUAUCAUCUGCGUGUUUUUCCUCUUCAGGUUGGAUGAAACGGUGGAGGCGCAGCGCGGUCGCUGCAACGGGGGUAUUUGUUUUGCGUUGUUUUGGAAGCCCACUGACUUUUCAAACGCAAAGAAGAGCUGCGAAGGCUACGAGGGAUACUUAUUCUCGUACAACACCGAAAGCAAAGCGUUGCUGAGCGGCCUGGUGGGUGAGCGGAACGGGAGUUACUGGCUGGAAACGUCCAGCACCGGUGAGAGGAAAGAGGAAGCGGCUCUCCGGCAGAACUGCUCCUCCAUCUCCGUUUCCAAAGGUGAGAACCUCGAGGUGACGCUGGAGCCGUGCCGAAAGGAGCUAGACGGGUUUCUCUGUGGUUAUACCUCAUCAGCGGGAGUUUGUGCGGCCAUAAAGACGGGCAAGGACGCACAGGUUACGUACUCAACACCGUAUGGUUUCGAGGCCGAGAACUCCGACGUGUUACCGUUUGGAACCGUCGCUGUCGUGAAGAAAAUAGGUGAGAAGAUCCCGGAGUCCAAGCAUGUGUGCAUAGAAGGGUGGGCUAAAGCUCCGUGGACGUGUGAGGUGAUGGAUGGUGGGUGUGAACACGAAUGCAGCCCCGCACCUCGCACCUGCAUCUGUCCCGCAGGGAAAAAACUCCAUCCUAACAACAUCACCUGCGUUACAGAUCCGUGCGCAGGCUGCACGCAUGGGUGCCAACCAGAAGGUGAUACCUACGCAUGUACGUGCCGCCAAGGCUACAGGCUGAACCCAGACGGGAAAACCUGUGAGUGCAAAGAUGACUUCGUGGAGGAGGGCGGCGUGUGUGUGAACAAUUCAAUUUGUUACAAGUGUGAACAUGAUUGUUACAAACACAACGGGGUGUACCAGUGUAAGUGCAGGACGGGGUACAGAGUGAAAGCCGAAGACCCCACCAAGUGUGAGGAGUACUGCGGCAAGAGACAGUGUUUGGCCUCAUCAUGCCUCCCAAAGAUGGAAGGGGACGGAAACUCGUAUCAGUGCUACUGUCAAAAAGGUUACGUCCAUGAACACAUCAACAACACCAACUACUGCACUGACAUAGAUGAAUGUCUGGACGAGAAGCCGUGUUCUUAUAGGUGUGAAAACCUCUACGGUGGUUUCAGAUGUUCUUGUGAAUCCGGGUUUGAGCCCUACAACGGGUACAAGUGUAAACCAAUUAAAAAGGAAGAGGGAGAAGAGGAAGGGUCAGGCCUUAUCCCCUUGCUCCCGACCCCAGCCAGCGCCCACCCUGCCUCGGUCCCCUCUUACAUCAAGACUGGCAGCGUCCUUGGUAUCUCUGUUUUUAUGGCCCUGUUUGCAGGGCUGCUUUACUUCCUGGUGCGGCACAUGGUGAAACGUUGCGGCAAGUUUCAGCUUUCCUCCCUCAAACAUCAUGACAUUGAUAUUUUCUAUCUGCAGCAGGCGACCACUGGAACAUAUAAGAGGUUCUCUUUUGACAGACAACUGAAAAACGACCCAGAUAUCAUAUAAGUUCAGUAAAUCAAGCUGCUAAGUCACAUUAUGCUGUUUUCUUUUCACAGAGAGGUCAAUGAGGAGGAAGUUUCUCAAAGUUUACUCAAAUAGGAAAACUUUUUAAAGCUGCUAUCUGUGGCAUGCUGUCAGAGCUCCAUGUAUGAACUCAAAGAAGAAAGAAAAACUGCAAAUACUUUCUGAACAUGAAGCAGAUUUCUGAUUAUACAUCUCACUUAUUUGUUUAGUUUUCAGCUGAGUUAUACGAAUAAAUUAAGUUUUUUUGGCAAUGGUACAAAGAAGUCAUUUUUCCCAAUUAAAAAAAAAAGUGAAACAAAUUCAGUAACAUGAACCACAAUGGGCAGUAGAUGACUAUUAGACAUCUAGUUUUUUUUAGACCUAAUUUCAACUGUCUAGAUUCUAUAUAUUUUUAGAUGGAAUUUAGACGUUGCACAUUAACCUGUUAUUCAAUAACUAUUUAUUUCAAAAAGCAACUGUGAGUUGCAUAACUGAUCUCCAAGUACUUAACCAAAAUAUUUAUGAUAGCUAUUGAGCAAUAUACUGGAUAGCAUAGAUAUAGCCCAGAUUUAGACUUGGUUUAAAUUUAGAUGUCUAAAAAACUUUCAUCCUUAUACUCAUGGAGCCUGAUUUUAGACCAGUCGUCUCGGCCAGUGGUUCUCAACUGGUGGGUCCUGACCCAAAAGCUGACACAUUCUGGAUAGUUUACAAACAGCUGGUAAAAAGGUAAAUUUUUAAUGCGCAUCUGAUGUUUGACAUGUCUUUUAUUUUGAAAAAUAGCUUAUUUUAAAAGGCACGAGUUAUGUCGUGGUCCUCCUAGGUUUCUUAUUAAUGUGGCCUGAGUGCAGUAAAAAUACAGGAUUUAUUUUACUUUAUUUUUUUUUGUCUUUAUUUUGUGCAAUUUUAAAUUUGAUAUUUUCUGUAUAUGCACCUUGAGUAGCUGUCAUCCUCAGUUCAUGUGCUCUGAAAUGCACUUUACUCAAAAAAAUGGGUGUAUUUAUGUUAAAGCUUAGAGUCUUAAAAGGAUUUUUUUUAAUAAAAAAUAAAUUUGCAUGGUUUGAAUUUUAUAAAAGUGGGUUUUAACUUAAGGACCAUGGAAGAAUGUGGGUCCCAGAGUGUGACCAAUUGAGAGCCACUGCUCUUGGCUACAUUUACAUGUCUAUUAGACCUUUUUUAGACCAAAAAAUGCUCAGUGGGACCUUUUGACCAAUGUCAUAAGAAUUCAAUGUCAUGAGCAAGACUUCUUUAUAUGGUUUUAUGUUGGAUUUGAAGUUGCAGCUGCAGCGUUGUCACACUGGACCUCACGGCAGGUCUAUUAUUCUUGGUCAAGCUCCUCCAAAGAUAUUUUUAUCUUGGGAAAAUGUGGAAAAGUACAAAAAUCUCUUUCACUAAAUUUCCCAUUUGCUUGCUGUUGUUGGAAUGGCUCACUGUGAUAAAGGAUUCACUGAAUGUUUAAUGGUUUUGCAUUCGGAUCGAUCAGGAUGUGAUCGGAUUUUAUAUCUACUCCUGCAGGUGUCUUUCUAGAAUCACAGAUCUUUACUCUGAAAUGUCCAACAUGUGUUUUUUGUAAAUCUAAUCAAAGGUUGUCAUUCCAUUGACAUAAAAUCCUGACUCUGCAGGCCGUGGUUUUGGUUCUGGAUAAACUGUGCUACUGUAUUAGAACCUCAUGCAUGUGCUUGAGAUUGGGAUGCUUUACUGUACAAAAGACUGCUGAUUGUAAAAGACCAAUGAACUGAAAAACUGUCCGUAGUGGACAUUGAAAACACAUUUGCACCUUAUUCUGAUGCUCAGCCUGUACAAUGCACCUGCUCUGACGAAGUGUUUGAUGAUCUGUCCAGGAAUCUGUCACUACUGACUGUUUAUUUACAACCAAAAGUGCUGUUCUUGUGCUACUUCACAUGUUUAGCUCACUAAGUUCAACACUGGGACAUGUAAAAUAGAAACUGAAAAAGCAAUAAGCUCAAUAUUUGUAGGAAUAGUUGCCACUCAAAAUAGACACUGUUACAAGCAAAUCAAUAAAUGAUAUCUGCACUGUG